AUGCACAAGGAGCUGCCGCCGUACUUGCAACUCGGGGAGAAGAUCAGUUUCGACGCGAAGAUGCUUGUCGAUUGUCUUCAAAGAGAAGAAAGAUUCCCAGAAACAAUGACAGAUCCGCCUGGUCUCAUUGCUGUAACAAUUGGAACAGAUCUUCUCAGUAUAUAUAAGAGUCGUCUCAUAACAAUAACCGCCAAAUUAUGCAACCUACAGGCGGCUAUUAGGGAAGGGUACCCGCAAGAAGCUACCUACAUACUAUCGAUUGCUAGAGCAAUCGACUCCGAGCUCAUGGAAAUUGCCAACAUGUUUGUCGCCAGCUUUCCUUACAAGACGGUAAAAUGGACUGAAUCUCAUCCAAAUAACAUGUUUGAGAGCCUACAUAUCGCCCACUUUGACCGAAGGUUCCACGUCUACACAUCAACCGAGGCUUGCGAUGUUUGGAACAAAUAUCGAUGCGCCCGCAUUAUUGUCAACAGGCUUAUAUUCAUGCAGCUGCAUCGUUUGGAGCGAAAGUCUCGCGACUCAUCCAAUCACAGCAGUUACAAGAGCCAACUUCCUGAGAUUGAAUCUUUGCUGAAACAUCUUGCGAUCGAGAUUUGCUCAUCGGUUCCUUUUCAGCUUGGGAUUGCUGGAAGAAGAAAAGACUCUCUUCCAUUUCCUGAAAUGAUCAAACCUGCUGCCGGGUUCACUUUACUGUUCCCGCUGUAUCUCGCUGCGACGGUAGACGGAUACCCAGACCCAACUUGUCUUUGGGUCAUGACAUGUUUGAAUUUCUUCGGGCGAUUUAUGGAACCUGCCGGACCAGCUGGUCACCAUGCCAUCCACCGUACGUUGCUCGAUGCGCCCAUGGCUACAGCCGAACUUAUCGGGUUCAGGUCCUCGCGUUCUGGGCGACAUCUCGACAACCCCAACCGCACCCGAAACGGCCAAAUCGACCACGAUGUCUUCGAAGGCUUACCUGUCCGUCGCUGGUCGCGACAGCCACACACCUUCUCUCAAGCUCCUAAGCCCGCCGAAUCGGAGAUUGGCGUCAAAGGACCGGGCGGAACGACCGGUCUACCAGAACUACCCAUGCCAAGAGACAGCCAACUCCUACCGGCUAUCAGCCACGGUCUCCUAAGGGCAGCGCGUGCCGGAUGCAUUUACAUCCAUUCAAGUGGCAGGCCCGCCGACGACGAGAAAAAUGAUGCCGAUGACCAGGGAGCGACUUCUGCUGUACACAUGGCGGAUCGCAGCUUCACUACGCGCAAAUGGAUGACCCUGCCCAAACACAUGGAGCCUGCCGAGCCGGAAUUCUUGGCUAAGAGACGACAGGGUCUGCCUUCGCUGUACGGCGGUGCUGCGCUUACGGAGGGCGCUAAUGCGUCGGUCCCGAUGCGGCGCACCAAGUUCAAGAAAGUGGACUCGGAAACCGGCAAGAUCUCGAUUUACGAGGCCUGGGUGCCUGAAGGCCAUACCAUUGAAGGCGAGAUUACCGGAGAUGCUAAGGUGGUAGCCGAACAAAGCGACGCUCCUGUCAGUUCGGAAGCACCUGCGCCUGGGACUGUUGUCGAUGGCGUCGGAGUGGUCAACUCCGAAGGCGUUGUUGUCGCAGAUGCCAGUUCAGCGGCUCUGUCGACACAUAAACGACGGCCGCCUCCCCCCAAACGCAAGGGCAAGGGUAUCGGAAAGGGAAGAAAGAAGAAGGUUAUGUUUGCGCCGGGUGAAGGAGCCGACGCCGCCUUGGUCCACGGUGCUGAGUCUGGUGCCGCGGAUGGUGGCAAAGAAGGGACAGAUGGCGACGAAGAGGGUGAAGAAGGCGAGGAGAGCGAUGAGGGCGAUGAGUCCAUGGUUGAUGCAAAGACUCCCGAGACCCCUCAGCCACCGCCUGGUCCGGAGUCUGCGGAUCAAUCUGCUACUGAGGCUGGGACCGAGCAGCCUCCAGCAACUUCAGACAUCGAUAUGAUGGAUGCAACGCCGACAGCACAGCCUCCUGCGCCGGGACCAGCUGAACAGCAACCAGAAGAGACUGCCGUCUCGCAAGCCAUUGAAGAGAUAUCGCAACCCAGUAUCGAAGCUCCCACAGUUCCUACAGAAGAAGCGAAGGCCUUGGAUUCUGCUGUUCCUGUGGCUAGCGAGACUGAGCCCAUUUUUCCCAACAAGCCUACCCCCUCUCCAGAGCCGACUACAACCGCAGAAGAGCCAGCUGAGAAGGUAGUUCCUGGAGAUGGCGAUGAAGCAGCACCACAAUCCAUUGCCCCGGAGGCCGAUGGGACCACUGAAGCUGUCAUUGAAGGAGCGCCUGAUCUCACGCCAAAGGAAGCUGAGAACGCACGAUCAGCCAGCCCCGAGAGACCCGUCGAAGAAACUCCUGCGGAGUCUUUGACAGAGACACCAGCUGUCGAUGAGCCCAUGCCAACUGAGACGGUUGAUAAAUCGCCAGAGCAAACCUCAGGGGGCCAUGAAUCUGAAGGGAUCUCUACCCCGCCUGUGCCCCAACCUGAUGCACCACAAGAACAACCUUCUGAAGAUGCCUCUGAGAGCAAAGGAGCAGCUCUCCUGGACACGCUUGAGAGCAGUCUGGACAAACACGCUGCAGUCGAUGAAACGCCAGUCGUCAAAGAGGAUGUGGAUAUGAAUGAUGUGCCAACAGAAGCUGAGCAGCGACCAGAACCGGCAGAAAUUCUCGCUCCGGUCCAGCCGCGGUCACCAUCGUUAGCGCCAGUUGCAGCGACAGAGAGUGAGCCUCAGCCCAGCUUAGGUGAGCCUAUGCCUGCAGAUUCCGCUGUCGUUGAUGAGCCGGCACCCGCCAUCGAAGGUGAGACGUCCACUGGAAACGACAAAGGCGAAGAAGCAACAACAACUGCUUCUGAAGCAGAUGUCAAGGAGGCUGUGGAGACUGAAGAGGAACAGAAGCCUGCAUCCGAGUCGCAGCCCGCGCCGAUAGACUCGGCAUAG